AUGUCCCUAUUUCCCUUGGAAAUGAUGAAGGAGGAGCAUUGGUACGCCGUAGGCCUAGUCGAUAGCAGCCAUCGGAAGGUAUUCACAUACCUACCUACAGGCGAAGCCGUAUGGGAUGGUGAGGACCUAGGUACUGUGUAUCCAUGGACCUUGCCCUACUUGCCCUGGAUCAUCUCAAUGCUUGCUGUCAGCCACUGGGCAGAAAAAAACGUAUCCCGACACUCCAUCCCCUCACUUCUUCCCGUCCUCACAACGCAACGCAACGCAACGCAACACAAAUCCGACAUCCCGCCAAGUGUGGAUUUCUUGUGUAACCUCCCAAGCCCAUCCUGUCAUUACCACGCGGUCCACGCCUCCAAUCUGGCACCCACCCACUCCCUCUCUGACUUCGUUAUCAGUGAGGACGGGACCGUCCCGCAGCAAGCUCCAUCGCACAUCUACCCUGCCCAGCGCCUUUUAAGGCAAGCCAUUCGGCCAACGGGCUUACACGCUGGAAAGUCUGGGACUGAUCCCAGACUCCCAGUCCACCCUACCUACCACCAGUACCCCGGUGCUCCUGGCUUGAACCUUGAAGCCGUCUCCACGUCCCACGAGUCCCCAAAAUCCAAAUCACAAGAAAUGGAACCUCGACUAUCUUACGGAUACCACCCCCGGGGGUCUUUGGCUCCCGCUUCUCAUUGCCAACAAAUCGUUACGACUCAGUUAGAGAACGUGGUUGGCCGUGUCUACCUACCUCCCGGCUUCAUUCGCCCAACGCGUCCCAUCCACUACGGGAUCCACCCCCCUUUGGGAAAUAGAAGCCUCCAUAUCCGUACACCCAUUCACUGCAAUAAUGGCCUGAAUCCACUUCCACACCAGCACGCCUCUGCUUCUUUCAGAAAGAGCGAAUCUUGGCAUCUCACAGGGCUCCAGGGUCCGCCUAACGAUCGCUCCUUCGCUCCUGUUCCCGUCUUUGUCCCGUCUUCUCCCAGUCAACUGCGUUGCCCGCGUGAGUUUGGAGGACUGACACAACUCGCGCAGAGACGAGUACUGUUAAACUGGCGCGGAGUGCGCGGCAAUUCUAUUCCUGUACGCAAGACUGCGUGCUUUACACCAAUCCACGCCAAUAACGCCAAAGCCCUCUUCCGGGGCCCUGCUCGCUAA